AUGGCCGGAGGCGACAAUAUGGGUGAUUUCCAUCAAAUACUCACUAGUUUGCUGAGUGCUGACAACAAUGUGCGACAGACCGCCGAGGAAACGUAUCAAGCGUUACCUUUAGAAAAAAAAGUAUCAUAUUUAUUCAGUGCUAUACAAAAUCAAGCCGGUGGUAUAGAUGAAAAACAAAUGGCAGCUGUAAUGUUGCGUGGACUUAUGGCCAAUGAAUUCAUGGAUUUUUAUUCUCAUUUGUCACCUGAAAAUCAGAAACAGUUUAAAAGCAAUUUGUUAUUAAGUGUAACUAAUGAAAAAAAUGACAUAAUACGUAGACGCAUGUGUGACGUUGUUUCCGAGGUAGCUAGAAAUCAACUGGAUGAUGAUGGUAAUAACAGCUGGCCAGAAUUUUUGAUUUUCCUGUUUCAAUGUGCUAAUUUUCCUUCAAAUGAUAUGAAAGAUUCUGCGCUUAGAAUGUUCACAAAUGUACCUGGUGUUUUUGGUAAUCAACAAUUCAAUUAUUUGUUUGUGAUGAAACUAAUGUUUCAACAAUUAUUAAUUGUACCUGAUUCAAAUGUACAAGUACAAGCUGUGAAAGCUAUUUGUGCUUUCAUAUUACACCAUGCCAAAGUUACAGAAAUUCAAAAACAAUUAACUGAUUUAUUUCCAAACAUGAUGAGAAUAACAAAUGAAAGUUUAAUAGCUGAAGAAGAUGAUUCUUUGAUUAAACUAUUGAUUAAUUUAGCUGAAAAUGCACCAAUUUUUUUAAAAUCUCAUUUAUCAAAUAUUGUAGAAAUGUGUUUGAAGUAUCUUGGAAACAAAGAGGCAAGUGAAUCAUACCGUCAGAUGUGCCUUGAAGUAAUUGUUACAUUAGCUGAAACAGCUCCAGCAAUAAUGCAUAAAGAAUCAUCUAAGUAUAUCAUACAGUUAAUUGGACAAGUAUUGGAACUUAUGACUAAUGUGGAAGAUGAUGAUGAUUGGGGUACUCAAGAUGAUCCAAAUGAAAUUGACCAAGAAAGUUUGAGUGUUAUAGCUGAAUCUGCACUGGACAGACUAGCUUGUAGUCUUGGUGGUAAAAUAAUGUUGCCACAUAUAAUAAGUAAUGUCUCAUCAAUGUUAGAUAAUCCAUGUUGGAAAAAUAGGCAUGCUGCAUUGAUGGCAAUAUCAGCUGUGGGUGAAGGUUGUCAUAAACAAAUGUUGGCUAUAUUCCCAGAAAUUUUGGAUAGGAUUUUAAUUUUCUCACAAGAUCCACAUCCUAGAGUAAGAUAUUCAAUGUGCAAUGCUAUAGUACAGAUGGCAGCAGAUUUUUCUCCCACAUUUCAAAAAGUAUUUCAUGAUAAAAUUGUGCCUGUUAUAUUACUGUUACUUGAAGAUAAUUUGAAUCCUAGAGUACAAGCACAUGCAGGAGCUGCUCUUUUAAACUUUACUGAAGAUUGCCCAAAACGAAUACUUUUAUCUUACAUGGAUCUGAUUAUGGUAAAGCUUGAAAGUAUAUUGCAAGCCCGUAUUGCUGAUCUUGUGAAAGGUGGUGGUAAACGACUAGUAUUAGAGCAAAUGGUAACCACUAUCGCAUGUGUAGCUGACAAAUGUGAAAGAGAUUUUGUUAAAUUUUAUGACCAUCUUAUGCCAUUCUUAAAAGAAAUCAUUCAUAAUGCUGUUGCCCCUGAAUUAAAAGUGUUGAGAGGCAAAACAAUAGAAUGUGUCAGCUUGAUAGGUUUGGCUGUUGGACAAGAGAAAUUUUUGGCGGAUGCUAGUGUUAUAAUGGAUUUAAUGCUGGCAAUAUAUAACAAAGAUGAGAAACUCUCAGAAUAUGAUCCACAAACUUCAUACAUAAUAACAUCAUCAUGGGCUCGAAUGUGUAAAGUGAUGGGUCAACAAUUUGAACAGUAUCUUCCUUUGGUGAUUGGUCCAGUAAUGGCUGCGGCUUCAUUAAAACCUGAAGUUGCAUAUUUGGAUAAUGAUGACAUGAGUAAUAUGACUGACAAUGGCGAAUGGCAGUUUGUACCCCUAUGGGAACAGCAAAACUUUGGUAUUAAGACUUCAGGCCUAGAAGAUAAGGCAUCAGCCUGUGAAAUGCUUGUAUGCUAUGCACGAGAAUUGAAAACUGGUUUUGCACCCUAUGCAGAAGAUGUUGUUAAACUUAUGGUGCCUUUAUUGAAAUUUUAUUUCCAUGAUAAUGUUCGAAUUGCUGCAGCUCAAAUUAUGCCUAGUCUUUUGAAAUGUGCAGAAAUAAGAGGACCAGAAUAUUUGCAACAUAUGUGGGGUUAUAUUUGUCCUGAACUUUUGCAAGCUAUUGAAUUUGAACCUGAUCAAGAUGUUAGUGCUGAGAUGUAUGAUGCAUUAGGAAAAUGCAUAGAAUUAUUGGGAACAGGAUGUUUAUCAGACAAAUGGAUGAAAGAUAUAUUGCAUACUAUAGAAAAAAAUUUAAAUUCUCACUUUGAAAAGGAAGCUCAACGUUUUGAAAGAUGCAAAGAUGAAGAUUACAAUGAGGUUGUAGAGGAAAGACUAGCUUUGGAAGAUACUGAUGAUGUCUACAAACUAAGCAAAAUGACUGAGAUUCUGCAUGCUCUUUUUGUCACUUUUAAAACAGACUUCUUUCAGUAUUUUGAUCUUAUUGUACAUCAAUUUGCUAAACUAUUGGAUUCUGAUAAAAGUGCAUCUGAUCAUCUGUGGGGUCUUUGUGUCUUUGAUGACCUUAUUGAAUUUUGUGGACCUGGUUGCGCUAAAUAUCAAGAAUAUUUCUUACGGCCUAUGAUUGAAUAUAUUAUGGAUAUUAACAGUGACGUUCGUCAGGCAGCUAUUUAUGGCUGUGGAGUGCUAGCCAUGUGUGGAGGACCUAGUUUUGCGGGUGUGUGUGCUGAGAUCAUACCAUUCCUUUUACAAGUGAUCAACAACAGUGAAGCCCGAUCUGCUGAAAACAUAAAUGCGACUGAAAAUGCCGUAUCAGCCAUCUCCAAAAUAUUAGAAUAUAACAAUUCAGCUGUUAAUGUUGAUGAAAUAUUACCUCUCUGGCUAUGCAACUUACCAAUUUGUGAAGAUACUGAUGAAGCUCCAUUUGUAUACGGUUACUUGUGUAAACUCAUUGUAAAUCACCAUCCUUUGGUAUUAGGACAAAACAAUUCUAAUUUUCCUAGUUUAAUAAAGAUAAUUAUUGAAGCAUUUUUGCAAGAUGCAAUUGACAAGUCACAUAUUGUUGCCCAAGAAAUGAUUAUGAUUGUUAAUGGAAUACAGGCAAACCAAGAGGUAUUUAAUGCAUGUUUAGCUGUAUUGAAUCCAGAACAGAUGAAAAUGUUACAGAGUCUUCUAAUGACAAAUAAUUGA